UUUGUAGAAAGGAGAAUAACAUUAAAUAUGUACGCAAAUUCACUUACUAGGAACUUACUUAAAACUUCAAAGAGAAGCUAUACCUCUGCCACACACAUCCUGAACCCAGGAAUUUCAAGAACGCAGAGUGUCUCAGUCUGCCCAGGUGAGGGCGUCGGCCCUCAGAUCGUAGACUCAGUACUUGAGAUCUUUGAGCACCUGAAUGUACCAUUAAAUGUGAAGAUGGUUGAAUAUGCCUCGCUAAAGAGAGGCAAGGCUAAUUCUUCUCUCAGAGAGAACAAGAACCUUUUGCUCGGCCCUAUUUCAAAUAAAAUGUUUGAAGAGAGAGAUAAGGGGGUCUGUCACCAGCAGAUAUUGAAGGAACUUGACAUUUUUGCCUCAGUUCUGAAUGCAAUCUCAAUUCCUGGUGUAGACAUUCAGGGUAAAGACAUUGAUACUCUGAUUAUCAAGCAAGCAUGUGAUGGCUUUGGAGUUGAAUGUAAGAAAGCAAGGCAGGAGAAGUACAAGAAGCUUGCUCAGUAUGCACUCAACAAUGCUCUCAUGAGUAGCAGAGGGAAAAUUCAUGCAUUCCAUAAUGCGAACAUGGAUAAUCCUCAUCAUGAAGAUUUCCUUAUUGAGAUGAGAAAGAUGGCCGAAAGAAAUAGUGGCAUCGGGUAUGAAGAAUUAUAUCUAGCUGAUGGAGCUAUAGAGCUCAUCAAGCACAUGGAAGACUUUGAACUCAUUGUUACUCCAAGCAAUUGUGGACUAGGAACUGCCAGCAUUGCUAUGAGCAUUGUCGGAGGACACCAACUCGUUCCUUCUAUUCAUAUUGGUGAUGAGUAUUCCAUUUUUGAACAAGGUGGAAAUAAGCCUGAAGAAGAUAAGGUGAAAGACAACUCUGCUAACCCAACCGGAUUGAUUCUAUCUGCAACCAUGAUGUUAAGGCAAGCCAACCUCCCAUGCUACUCAGACUUGAUUGAAAGAGCCAUCUUUGCUACUUAUGAAGACUCUGAAGUGAGAACGCCAGAUUUAGGUGGAAAUUAUUCAACUCAAGAGUUCACAAAUAAGGUGAUGAGUAAUAUCGAGACCAAGUCUACCUUCAGGGCAGGUCAGGUCCAAGAAGAGAAGCUAGCUAUUGAGUUCUAAACUUUGUGGCUAAUGAAAACUAUUUAAUUCUCCUUAUAAAAAGAUUU